AUUCACAAGACUUUUAGCACGGAAUAAUUACAAAGGAAACAUGCCGCCGGCCAUUUACUUCGGCACCGCCGCGUCCGUCAAACUUUACAAUGCGAGAUCCACGACGUCAGCUGGCUCCUCACUUGGACGCCACCGCCUGUUGCGCUUCACGACGGCCGCCUCCGCCGCGAAACCCUCACGCUGGUCUCUUCGUGGCUCCACCGCCCUCGUCACCGGAGGCACCAGGGGAAUCGGGCAUGCAAUUGUGGAGGAAUUGGCUUCUCUUGGCGCCACAGUGCACACGUGUGCAAGGAACGAAGAUGAGUUGGAGAGAAGUCUGAGGGACUGGAAAGAUCAGGGUCUUGGAGUUACAGGCUCAGUGUGCAAUGUAUCUUCUGAACCUGACCGGGAAAGGUUACUCGAUCAUGUUAGCUCUGUGUUCAACGGGGAGCUCAACAUUCUUAUAAACAACGUUGGAACAAACAUCCGGAAACCUAUGGUUGAGUUCACAUCCAAGGAAUUCUCAUUGGUCAUGGGAACGAAUUUCGGAUCUGCUUUUCACAUAUGCCAACUUGCGUAUCCUCUACUGAAAGCCUCGUCUGCAGGAACUGUUGUGUUCACCUCUUCAGUCUCUGGUUUCGUAUCAUUGAAGAACAUGUCAAUCCACGGAGCAUCCAAAGGUGCAAUCAACCAGCUCACAAAGAACCUAGCAUGUGAGUGGGCAAGUGACAGCAUUAGAGUGAAUGCAGUUGCUCCAUGGUAUAUUCGGACAUUCAUGGUGGAGCAAGUUCUGAGCAACAAAGAAUACUUGGAAGAAGUAUAUGACAGAACCCCAAAGCGGAGGCUUGGAGAUCCAACUGAGGUGUCAUCGGUGGUGGCUUUCCUUUGCCUACCUGCAUCGUCAUAUGUCACCGGCCAGAUAAUCUGUGUUGAUGGUGGGAUGUCUGUAAACGGCUUUUCUCCAAAAUUUAUGUAAAUUAUGUAAAAGAAACUGAGUGACGUGCAACCAGACCUUCGAGAUUCUAACGUCAUAGCCUUCAUAAGAUUCACAAUUUGCAUGAAUUGAAUUGAAUUGAAUAUUCAGUCGAAA